AUGCUCCCCAUAACGGCACUUGUCCUUAUCUCAUCGCUGUCUGCGUUACACCUUGUCAGCGCUGGUUCUAGCAAUGUUUUAUCGAUUUGCUCGCAGAUUGCAGGCAAUAUAUCCUCCGCAUCCAACGUCUACUACCCUUUAGAUCCAAAUUAUGGGUCAGACAUAUAUCAUUAUGCUACUUCUAGCAUGCAAACUUCCGCUUGCUCUGUGGAGCCAGGGAAUCCGCAAGAUGUUGGCGUGAUCCUCCAUAUACUCGGAGCUUCUGGAACACCGUUUGCUGUGAAAGGGGGCGGGCACAUCAUGAAUCCUGGAUACUCUUCCACCACGGGGGUACAGAUUGCGAUGACACGAUUCAACAAUGUAGAUUAUGAUGCUUCGACUGAGACAGUCGCUAUUGGGGCAGGCAUGGUUUGGGACGACGUUUACGCUGCUCUAGAGGUAUUUGGCGCCAAUGUCGUUGGAGGUCGCGUUUCUGGCAUUGGCGUUGCGGGUUUCACCCUCGGUGGAGGUGGGAUUACUGUCUUUCACUAUGGUUUGACCAUCGACAAUGUCCAAGCAUAUCAGCUGGUCUUGCCUAAUGGGACGGUGGUGAAUGUUACAGAGAAUUCCAAUCCCGAUCUCUUCUUUGGUCUGAAAGGAGGCUACAAUAACUUUGGAAUCGUGACAAGUUUCACACUCAAAACGUUCUCGCAGGGGCAAGUAUGGGGCGGGCAGAUCACGAUUGCGAGUCAGUACGUAGACCAAGUCAACACCGCUACCGCCAACUUCGCCAUGAAUGUUACUGAUCCAAAGGCGGCGCUCAUCACCACAAUUGACUUCACAGACGGACAGAUUGUAGCGUCUGUAAUGAUGUUCUACGAUGCGCCUACACCUCCAUCAGGCAUCUUCGACGACUUCUUGGCCAUCUCCUACAUUCAAAAGAAUGUCUCCACUCGGAGUUACUUAUCCCUUGUACAAGUUGAGGCAACUGAGAUGAGCGCCAAUAAACGUGGAUUCUACAACACGGUACCCUUAAUGGACAUUACCCCUUCUGUUAUGCAGGCAGUGUUAAAUCAAGCUGAGUAUUGGGGUGCCGAAAUGCUCCUCACCGGUGAGGCGAUCAUUAGCUAUGACGUUGAACCCUUCCUACCGACCAUCCUCGCCCAUGGAGCUUCGUCGGCAUAUCCACCCGACCGGUCACAACGUUACUUGCCAUUGAACAUCUACUUCAGUUGGACUGGGUCAUCCAAUGAUGAGGCGUUCUACAAUGCAAUCCUGGAGACCGCCGCGAAUCUGACGAACUCAGCGAUGAUCGAAGGUCAAGCAGAGAUCGCCACGGCGCCUCGUUACCCAAAUUAUGCAAUUUAUGGCACCGAUAUGGUAGACAUAUACGGGGAUUCAAUAGAUGCGCUGGUAACGCUGAAGGAAACAUACGAUCCUCAGAACGUAAUGGGCCUGGCUGGUGGAUGGAAAGUCUGA